AUGAAUACCUCGGUUCUCGCCCCACUGGGAAACGUUUCCGGCCACCUGAAUUUCUCGGAGAUGAACUCGCAGAUCUUGCAGUUUGAGGACGAAGAUUGCCAUGUGCCUUUGGCCAUGGUCUUCACUUUGGCCUUGGCUUAUGGGACCGUGAUAAUUCUGGGAGUCUCUGGGAAUCUGGCCUUGAUUGUCAUUAUUUUAAAACAAAAGGAGAUGCGCAAUGUUACUAACAUCCUCAUUGUCAACCUGUCGUUUUCUGAUCUCCUAGUGACCAUCAUGUGUCUUCCCUUUACCUUUGUGUACACUUUAAUGGACCACUGGAUUUUUGGGGAGGCCAUGUGCAAGUUGAACCCCUUUGUGCAGUGCGCCUCCAUCACCGUCUCGGUCUUUUCUUUAGUCCUCAUUGCUGUUGAGCGCCAUCAGCUGAUCAUCAAUCCCCGUGGCUGGAGGCCGAGCAACAGACAUGCYUACAUGGGGAUUGCUGCCAUAUGGAUUUUAGCCACUGCUUCCUCUUUGCCUUUCCUGAUCUACCACGUAUUAACAGAUGAGCCCUUCAGAAAUGUAACAUUUGAUGAAUACAAGGACAAAUAUGUUUGCUUGGACCUGUUCCCCUUGGACACUGCCAGGCUUUCUUACACCACAAYGCUUUUGGUGAUUCAAUACUUUGGACCGCUUUGUUUUAUAUUUAUUUGCUACUUGAAGAUAUACAUACGGUUAAAAAAAAGGAACAACAUGAUGGACAAGAUGAGAGACAGUAAGUACAGAUCCUCUGAAACCAAAAGGAUCAACAUCAUGCUGAUAUCAAUAGUGGUCGCAUUUGCAGUUUGCUGGCUGCCUCUCACCAUCUUCAAUAUUGUGUUUGAUUGGAAUCAUGAAAUUCUGCCCGUUGCUACCUGCAGCCACAACCUGUUGUUCCUGAUUUGCCACCUCACUGCCAUGAUCUCUACCUGUGUGAAUCCCAUCUUCUACGGGUUUCUCAAUAAGAACUUCCAAAGGGACUUGCAGUUUUUUUUCCAUUUUUGUCAUUUCCACUCCCGUGAGGAGGAUUAUGAGACUAUAGCCAUGUCCACCAUGCACACAGAUGUUUCAAAAACCUCUCUAAAGCAGGCAAGCCCUGUCACAUUUAAAACAAUAAAUAGUGAUGAUGAUGAAAAAAUAUAAAGAAGUGAUAAAAAUUCUACAUCAAACUGCAAGAAGUGUGAUUGGAGGUGAAGUGUGUCCAAGGACAAGCUCAAUUACAUAACAAGUACAAAAAGGAUAAUGUUUUUCUUCCUUUUCCCAGGAACUUUGAUUGUUGUCACUUUGAAAUUAUGCGCUGUGAAUUUUUGCCCCUUUUACUGCUUUAAUGUUCACAGAAG